AUGGCCAACGUUCAAUCGGACGUGCAAGGUCUCCAGAAUCUUCUUCAAUCCAUUGCUCCGGAAGCCGUGCAAGACGUUACGCCUGAAGCUCUUCAACGACUAUCGGAGAAGCUUUCUGAACUGAUGGGUGAGGACGUUGCGAGGACUGCUUUCUCUGGUGCUGAUCAAGGAGUUCCUCUUGUCGACAUCACCGAGCCGGGCUCUUCCAAAUCAUCGAAAAAGGAAGUAUCGUUAGAGGAGGAACCACCUUUGAUCCCGCUCUCUUCAUUAUCACCCUUCGAGCGCGCAAACCACAGAAGAGAGCGGGAUCGAAUACUCGAUCUACUGGAACAGGAAGAAGAACAAGGACAACGGAAAGCGGAUGAGGCGGAAAGACUUGAAAGACAGGCUUCUCUGGAGAAACGAAGGGAAGCAGCCAAACCGGAAUUAGACAAAAUGAAAACGAUGAAAGAAACUCAUAAGAAGAUGGGAAAAGCGUUGAUGCGAAGUAUGGCUGAAGCUAGGGAGAACGUAGAAGCGAAACCAAAGAAGGAACAGGAGGAUGCUCUUGUGCAUCAGCAAGUAGCAGGCACAGCUAGCUCACAGAAAAAGACGGUUUCGUUUGCAGAUGAAGACGCUUCCGCGCCCCACUCUACCAGUCCCCCCAAUGAUUGGGGGGACCUGUCCAAGGGCAAAUUACGGCCUUCACCGCUGCCUAAUCUCACGGGCAAUGACUCCGAACUUCUCAUGAAGAAAAACGUAGUAGAAAGGAUACCUGGUUCUGGACAAAUUACCGGACAGCUAGAAACGAAAGAACGAGAAGCCGACUCUGAGCUUCCGCCUGAAUCAGAUAGCGACCAGGGGGACCAUCCCGAUACCGAUCAGUAUUUGGAGGUGGACGACUUGGACCUGGAUUUCGCAUUUCAUCAACGAGAGAUUGCUUUGGCGUAUCAGGAGAAGCGCGGUAAAAUCGGAGAGGAAGCUGCUUUUGCUCUUACAUCCCUUAAUCAUGAACCCGACGAGGAGCUAUCCUCAGGAAACUCAAAGGCCAAAAUCUCUGCAUCGGAAUCCCGUGCAAAUCGACUAGCUUCAGCCUCUUUAACGUCCGCCCCAUCCUCAUCGCAGUCCCUUGGUACUUCGGUAAUCCCUGUUGCUGGCGCAGACACCUUGAAACGAGUGAUACGAAUGGGAGACAUUGACGAGGGCGGAAGGCUUGUCGGAAGUGAACAUGAAAGCGAAGAUGAAGACCAUGCGACGAUGAAUGAGCAGGAGCAAGAAGCAGUGCAAGAAGUAGUCGAGCUGCUGAAGAAGGGGCAAGUUUACAACAUGGGGCCAGGCGGUGAUCUGCACACCGUACCUCCCGGAAAGGUGAAGACCGCACCGUUCACGAUGCCGACAGAACCCCCGCCAUCGGUUGUCAAACAGAAAGAGAAGACUCCGUCAAAGUUCAAAUUGGCCAAGUCACAAAAUCGUGCCAGUACGAGUAGCAGUAACGAAGUUUCGGGCUCUAACACUCCACUAUCGACUGCUGAGCGGUCGUCACCGAAGCUGCCUGGAGUUACCGAACUUGUGGUACCUUCCUCCUCAUUCCUGAAGGGAACAAUGGUCGAGGCUCCACCGUUUUUCUCUAAUGCGGGUUCCAAGGUCAUCGAAUCGCCCUCUAUAUCCUUUCCAGCAACACGACUGCAGCGACCACCGGCUGUAAUGGCGGCUGCUGUGAAGGAGAAGGAGGCUACAAAAGCGGGAGAUGGAACUGGGGAUGCACAACCACCGCCACCGCUAUCAGAUCGACCGCCGAAGCGAAUCUCAAGAUUUAAGGCUGAACGUAUGUAG